AGGAAUGUCAGAUAAACCAGCGGAACCUCAGAAGGACUCCCAAGAACGCCAGGAGAUCGAGCAGCUGCUCCUGACCCUCGACAAGUUCCACCCGACGAUCCCAGACUCAGUCACUGAGUUCUACCUGAAGAAAGUCGGGUUCACGAACAAGGAUCCGAGGCUGACAAAGUUGGUCUCUGUGGCAGCACAGAAGUUCAUAGCAGACGUUGCGCACGAUGCUCUUCAGCAGUGCAAGAUGAGAAUGUCGAAGGACAAGACAAAGAAAGAUCAGCGGCUUGUUCUCACGUCCCAAGACCUGGCGGCGAGCUUGCGACAGUAUGGGAUUCAGUCGAUUCGCCUUGAAAGCAUGGGUGCUUCACAGGCCGUGGCGAGCAGCCAACCACCGCCGCACUGAGAUGCUCCGUCAUGAAUGAAGUGAUGAGAGGAGGAGGUUAUGAGGAGGAGGAGGAGGAGG